AAUCGACGAUGCUGACACUUCUUUUCCUUUGAAAUUGCUCCACCACUAUACGUUGAAAUCGUUCGAUAAAUGUAAACUGUGUUCCGGAUUAGAUCUAAGCUGCACCCACGGAAAGCGAUGAACAUGGACUUGUUCGCUGUGAAGUUGGUCGCAGUCUUCGUGGCGUACCUCGAGUUUUCGGCGACUCCUGUCAGUGGUGCUAUCUCGUGCUCAUGGGAUUUCUUCUCAGCGUCAUGUACUAACUACAAGCGUCUUCAGUAUAAGGGGAGCUUCCUUACCUGCAGCUACAUGUGCGCUCUCUCGAUAGCCUCUUCAUGCUAUAAGGUUGAGAAGUAUGGAUCAUCUUGUUUGAUGUUCGACGGUCAUGCUAAGCGUGGCCUAUGCGUCAAUGGACAAUGUGUGCCUAUCCGAAACGCAACAGAAUGCUUCAAGACAAUCGUUCCCAAGAAAAAUCUAGACUGCGACCACGGUCAUGACUAUUUAUAUGACAAAAACGGACCUUUCGGCUGCCAAUACUACUGCAGUGACAGUGGGAGGCCCGCCAACCGCCCAGACAACACAACGUGCCAGAUGCCACAGACUGCCAUGGCGGGCAUAUGUGACUCAUCUGGCUACUGUACAGACACCGUAUGGAUAUCCGUGUAAUAUCCCGGAGUGAAGAGUCGGAUCCCAGGGGUAUAUGUAAAAAGCCUAGGACUGUCAAUGGGCCAUCCUUUCGUUUUUCCUUUUUUUUUUGCUCCACCAGGGCGUAGCAAGCCGACAUAGGUCUGGCUGACCUCUCCUUGCGUGGACGCCACCUCCUGUUUAUUAAACUUAUAUAUACCCCCCA